AUGGCCGAAUUCAAUCUCGCGACUCUGACGCAGGAGCAGCUCGACCGCCUGGUGCGCCAAGUUGAAGAAUCGGCGCUCGAAAUCGCGACACUCACGGCGGAACGUGACUCCGCGCGUCAGCAAGCUACGGCGAGCGCCCCAGCACCACAAAAUGUACCUGCACAGUCGGAGGAGCCGAUCGUCAUUUUGGCUGGCACACCAACACAGCACGACAGCGUGGGACAGCGCUCAGGAGCAGCCAGUGAUAGCGCCGCCCAGCCAAUGCCUGGCAUGGGAAGAAACCGGGCCGCGCCAAGCUCUCAGGAGCCUCGCGAAGCCCGUCGGCACGUGGAGUUCGCGGCAACAAGUGGAGAUCAAGCCAUCAUGGCACCAAUGCCACUCAAGCCGCAGCGCCCGCCCUGUUUCGACCCGAGCCAGCGUGGAGGUCCGACGGUUCAAUCGUGGAUCUUCACGAUGAACGUCUUCUUCGACGCGAAUUACGUCGAGUCGGACGCAGCGAAAAUUCGAUACGCCGUUUCGCUGCUGAGGGGCCCCGCUAUGGACUGGUGGCGAGUCAUCGUGACGUCGCCACGCGCCUACGAGCCACCGUCGCAAGAGGAAGGGCCCGCGGGUCCAGCAGUCACCUGGAGUUCGUUCUGCGAAACCGCCCAGUACAGCACGUGGGAUGCGUGGUGCGUAGGGCUUCGGGCGCGCUUCGAGCCGAUCGCGGCUUCUAUUUCGGCGCGUCAGAAACUGCGCACUUGGCGGCAGCUCGGAUCGGUUCAAGACUACACGAGCGGUUUUCUCGCAUUAUGCGAGCAGGUCGGCUACAUGCACGAAGCGGAGCGGGUGGACCGUUACGUCGGAGGGCUGAAGCCGGAUAUCUCGCACGAAAUCAUGCUACGCGGGCUCUCGAACUUCAACGAGAUUCUCGCGCUCGCCGAGAAAAUCGACAUUUUGCGCCGUCCGAGACCGGGGUCCUACUACGGACAUCGUCCUCGGGGGCCGGUCGAGCACGCCACCGUACACGCCGUUGCGACGAAUGCAGCUGCCGCGCCAUUUAAGGGGCGCUGCUUUGCUUGCAACAGGCCGGGCCAUCGCAAGAGUGAAUGUCCAGAGGAGCUGAGGCGCCGCGGAGCAGAGCAGGGGAGGGAGUCUCAGAGACAGGGAAACGCCAGCAGUCAGUAG